AUGUCGCGCUUGCUUCCACCUCUGGGAUUUAAAGAACUAGAAAUGAGAAAAACCGGGUGGGAGCGUAGAGGAUCACUUCCCGUUGCUCCGACCACUCAGCUUUCCAAGACAGCAAAUGUUACUGCCCGUCAACAUUCUUUUAAAAUGUCUGUGAAAACAUUCAAAGAUAAAAUGAUUCCACUACCAAAGACGAAUAUGUUCAAAGAAAAGAUUGGUACAUUAACUACUCGUUCAGAGUCAAUCCCUGAAGAUUUAAAUCUAACAUCACACACAGUGACCAUCCAAAUACAUUCGAAUCACGGAAAUCAAACUAAGAUCACUUGUUCCAGAAUAGAUAUACUCGAUAUUAAUUCGCAACCUAUAAAAUUAGAACAAUACCUAAUUGAACCAAAUCGUAUCAAUUCGCCAGAUUUGAUAAAUUUGUUUUCAGGCGAACUCGUUAAGAAAUCUGAAUUUCAGAUAUGGUCUGCGGAAUGGCCUCCGAAAGGAAAUAUGAUUGAAAUUCGAGUUACUCUUUAA